AAAUACUUAACAAAGCUCGGCUACUAUUCUUCUCGCCGCCAAUAAAAUCCUAAACCCUAACAAAAAGAAGCUAACUGUAUGAUUCCUUCGGCAAUGGCGAAUUCGACCGAAACAGCCGUGGAAUCUCUGCACCAUAUCAAGUCAACAGAGCCACCGGAAUGGCUCGUGCCUAAACAGGAGCUCUCGCAAGCGGUUCGAGCGGCCUCGAAGCUUCUGUUUUCUAGCCUGAAACCGCAUUGUCCAAAGUCUCCAUUUGAUCAGCUUCUGACCGAAGGGUUCGACACGGAGCAGAUAUGGCAACAGAUUGACCUCCAAUCACAACCGCUACUGUCCUCCCUCCGCCGCGAGGUCAAGAAGUUUGAGAAACACCCGGAGGAGAUUUCCAAGCUCAAGGAUGGUGGUGUAGGAGGAGGAGAGAAGAAGAAGGUUCUAGAACAAAUCGAGACUGACAAUGUUGUUAAUGAUGACGAAGACGAUGAUGAUAUGGAUAUGGACGAAGAUGAAGAUGAUGAGGAAGAGGAGGAUGAAGAGGGGGAGGAAGAGGAGAAAGAGAGAGGAACGGAAGAAGAGAGUGAGAAUGAAGGAGAAGAAAAGGGUGGCAUAGAGGAUAAAUUUUUGAAAAUCAAGGAAUUGCAAGAGUAUUUGGAGGAGGAUGAAGCUAGGGAAUUUGGCUUGAAGAAGAAGAAAACAAAGGCGGAAUCUAAGAAGGAGGAAGAAGACACAGAAGAAGAAGGUGAUGACGAUGAAGAUGAAAAUGAAGGAAGUGAGGAUGACGAUGAUGAGGCACAGGAGGAGGAAGAUGGGCUCGGGCUCUUUGAUGGGAAUGAUGAAGAGGAUGAAGAUGACUUGGAAAAUGCCAGAUAUGAAGAUUUUUUCAGUAGAAAAAAGAACAAGAGUUCCAAGGAGAAAGCCAAAUCUAGAGACAUGUUGGAAGAAGAUUCAGGAUCAGGUGAUGAACAAGAUGUGGAUAAGAGAAAGGAUGGCCCUUCUAAGCAUGAAAAAGAACUUGACAAACUCAGAUCUAAAAUAGAGGAAAUGGAGAAGGCCAACUUGGAUCCAAAAGUUUGGACAAUGCGUGGAGAGGUAACUGCAGCACAAAGGCAAAAGAAUAGUGCAUUAGAAGUUGAUUUAGAUUUUGAGCACAAUGUCAGGCCUGCCCCUGUAAUCACAGAGGAGGUUACUGCAUCACUUGAAGAUUUGAUUAAGACUAGGAUCAGUGAGGGCCUGUUUGAUGAUGUUCAAAAGGCUCGAACUUCAUCAUCCAAAGUGCCAAGAGAAAUCAAAGAGCUGGAUGAGAGCAAGAGCAAAAAGGGUCUUGCUGAAGUUUAUGAGGAAGAAUUUGUCCAGAAAACAGAUCCAGCCUCUGCCCCGUUGACCUUCUCAGAUGAACUAAAGAAAGAGGCCAGUAUGCUGUUCAAGAAACUUUGCUUGAAGUUGGAUGCUCUUUCUCAUUUUCAUUUUACACCAAAACCUGUUGUUGAGGACAUGUCUAUACAAACAAAUGUCCCCGCCCUUGCCAUGGAAGAGGUUGCACCUAUGGCUGUCUCAGAUGCAGCUAUGCUGGCUCCUGAGGAAGUUUUUUCUGGUAAAGGUGACAUUAAAGAAGAAGCAGAACUGACAAAGGCAGAGAGAAAGAGGAGGAGGGCUAACAAGAAAAGGAAGUUUAAGGCUGAAGCAGCUAAAAGGAUGGGUAAAAAGGCACGACAGAUGAUAACCGUAGGCAACAAUGACGAAGGCAGGGAAGGAUAGUUUGUGACCUAGUUUUGGUGAAGCGGGGGAAAUGGCAUAUUCUAAAGAGGGAAAGACAAAGCAUGCAUCCAUGCAUACUUAAUGUUACUCUUUAUCUCUGUCUAGCUUUUGCAAGCUUAGAGCAAGCCAAACAAUGAGACAGAGGUGGAAUCAAAUCUGGUAUUUUAGUUCCUAAGAAUAUAAUUAAUAUUGGUUACAAGUUUUGGUAGAUAAUGUUUAAUGUUUACACUGACAGACAAUAAUAACAUUUGCUAUUGUAUGAGCCAAUUCAAGUGUUAUUAAUUGCUUUUUCACUA